ACCGGACAUUCGAGAGCGGCCGGUGCACAGCUUCGGAGUCCCCAGCGUUCCGCUCCAGGUCUCCUGAGGCGGCCGUACAAUCCUCGGCAGUGUCCUGAGACUGUAUGGUCAUCUCAGCGGCCGCACUCGCCUGGCCCCGGAUUUCUUCUAACUCGCUCUUUUCGAACCACUAUUUUUUUGUUUGUUGGUUGGUUGGUUUUGUUUUGUGAAAUCCCAGAAAACUGACUCCUGUUCGCGGAUAAACGGAACUUCAGGUCCCUUGUCGCUGCUCCCUUUUGGCGUCUUACAACCUCCUCCCACUCCUUUCCCCGGCCCCGCCUCCUCCUGCAGGUUCCUCCCUGUCACCCCUCUCCUCCCUCCUCCUCCUCCUCCUCCUCCUCCGCACCUAGCCAGCCGUCCGCAAACUUCCACCUGAUUGUGCGGGACACUCGGACCUGCGAGCACUAAAGAGCUUUCACACCUGCUGGGGAGACAGAGAGCCGCCGAGGGCCACCGCAAAGGCAGCGGCUGCAGCCCCUAGGAACCCAGGUGCUCCGGGUCUCGGAGGAACACGGCGACAAUGACAGCUGACAAGGAGAAGAAAAGGAGCAGCUCAGAGCUGAGGAAGGAGAAAUCCCGAGAUGCUGCAAGGUGCCGGCGCAGCAAGGAGACGGAGGUCUUCUAUGAGCUGGCCCAUGAGCUGCCCCUGCCUCACAGUGUGAGCUCCCACCUGGACAAAGCCUCCAUCAUGCGGCUAGCCAUCAGCUUCCUGCGAACACACAAGCUCCUGUCCUCAGUCUGUUCUGAGAAUGAGUCUGAAGCUGAGGCUGACCAGCAGAUGGAUAACUUGUACCUGAAGGCCUUGGAGGGUUUCAUUGCCGUGGUGACCCAAGACGGUGAUAUGAUCUUCCUGUCGGAAAAUAUCAGCAAGUUCAUGGGACUUACCCAGGUAGAACUAACAGGACACAGUAUCUUUGACUUCACUCAUCCUUGUGACCACGAGGAGAUCCGUGAGAACCUGACUCUCAAAAAUGGUUCUGGCUUCGGAAAGAAAAGCAAAGAUAUGUCUACCGAGCGCGACUUCUUCAUGAGGAUGAAAUGCACGGUGACCAACAGAGGCCGGACUGUCAACCUCAAGUCGGCCACCUGGAAGGUCUUGCACUGCACUGGACAAGUGAGAGUCUACAACAACUGCCCCCCUCACAGUAGCCUCUGUGGCUACAAGGAGCCCCUGCUGUCAUGCCUCAUCAUCAUGUGUGAGCCGAUCCAGCACCCAUCCCACAUGGACAUCCCCUUGGACAGUAAGACUUUCCUGAGCCGCCACAGCAUGGACAUGAAGUUCACCUACUGUGAUGACAGAAUCAUGGAACUGAUUGGUUACCACCCCGAGGAGCUCCUUGGCCGCUCUGCCUACGAAUUCUACCAUGCCCUGGACUCGGAGAACAUGACCAAAAGUCACCAGAACUUGUGCACCAAGGGGCAGGUGGUGUCUGGCCAGUACCGGAUGCUAGCAAAACAUGGAGGCUAUGUGUGGCUGGAGACCCAGGGGACAGUCAUCUACAACCCCCGCAACCUGCAACCCCAGUGUAUCAUGUGUGUCAACUAUGUCCUGAGUGAGAUUGAGAAGAACGAUGUGGUGUUCUCCAUGGACCAGACCGAGUCCCUAUUCAGGCCCCACCUGAUGGCCAUGAACGGCAUCUUCGACAGCAGUGGUGAUGUGGCUGUAUCUGAGAAGAGUAACUACCUGUUCACCAAGCUGAAGGAGGAGCCCGAGGAGCUAGCUCAGCUGGCCCCCACCCCGGGAGAUGCCAUUAUUUCUCUGGAUUUUGGAAGCCAGAACUUUGAUGAGUCAUCAGCCUAUGGCAAGGCCGUGCUGCCCCCAGGUCAGCCAUGGGCUGCAGAGCUGAGCCACAGUGCCCAGAGUGAGUCCGGGAGCCUGCCUGCCUUCACUGUGCCCCAGGCGGGCACCCCAGGGAACACCACACCCAGUGCUACAAGCAGCAGCAGCUGCUCCACGCCCAGCAGCCCUGCGGACUACUACUCUUCUCUGGAGGAUCACUUGAAGAUGGAGGUGAUUGAGAAGCUCUUUGCCAUGGACACGGAGGCAAAGGACCAGUGCAACACCCAGACCGAUUUCAAUGAGCUGGACCUGGAGACUCUGGCACCCUACAUCCCAAUGGAUGGGGAAGACUUCCAGUUAAGCCCAAUCUGCCCGGAGGAACCACACAUGCCAGAGAGCCCCCAGCCCAAUGCCCAGCACUGCUUCAGUACCAUGACAAGCAUCUUCCAGCCACUAGCCCCGGGGGCCGCCCACAGCCCCUUCUUCCUGGACAAGUACCCACAGCAGCUGGAGAACAGGAAGACGGAGCCUGAGCACUGGCCUAUGUCUUCCAUCUUCUUUGACCCUGGGGACAAAGGGUCCCUGCCGCCAUGCUGUGGCCAGGCCAGCACUCCUCUCUCUUCUAUGGGAGGCAGAUCCAACACUCAGUGGCCUCCAGACCCACCAUUACAGUUUGGGCCCACCAAGUGGCCUGCUGACGAUCAGAACGCCGAGGCCCUGGGGGCUCUGCCAUUGGGGUCAUCACAGCUGGAGCCUCCCAACACCUCACCCCACAUCUCCAUGUUCAAGAUGAGAUCUGCAAAGGACUUCGGGGCUCGCGGCCCCUACAUGAUGAGCCCAGCCAUGAUAGCCCUCUCCAACAAGCUGAAGCUAAAGCGCCAGCUGGAGUAUGAGGAGCAAGGCUUCCAAGACACAAGUGGGGGGGACCCUCCGGGCACCAGCAGCAGUUCCCAUCUGAUGUGGAAACGUAUGAAGAGCCUCAUGGGGAGGACCUGUCCUCUGAUGCCUGACAAGACCGUCAGUACAAACGUGGCCCCUGAUGAAUUCACCCAAAACUCCAUGAGAGGCCUGGGCCAGCCACUGAGACACCUGCCACCCCCACAGCCGCCAUCUGCCCUGAGCCCAGGAGAAAAUCCCAAGAGUGGGUUCCCGCCACAGUGCUAUGCCUCGCAGUUCCAGGACUUCCGUCCUCCAGGAGCCCCAAAGGUGUCAGGCAUGGCAAGCCGACUGCUGGGGCCGUCGCUUGAGCCUUACCUGUUGCCGGAACUGACCAGAUAUGACUGUGAGGUGAACGUCCCUGUGCCGGGAAGUUCCACACUCCUGCAGGGGAGAGACCUUCUCAGAGCCCUGGAUCAAGCCACCUGAGCCAGGGCCUUUGGCCGGGCAUGCUCCUGCCCGGCCAUCCUGUCUUGCCAGCUUCACCUUCCGUCUGUGUUGCAACUAGGUAUAUCUAACACCAGCACACUUCUUAAGAGAUGUACUGACCGGGCUGGUCUGCCCAGGUCACCAAGCAGUGGCCUUUAUCUGACAUGCUCACUUGAUUAUCUGUGUUUUAAAAAUACAUACUUGUUUUACCGUCGAUGAAAAUGUUCUGAAAUUUUAUAAGAUUUCCCCCUCCCUCCCUUGACUUAUUUCUAAUUUAUAUUCCCCAAAGGUUUCUCUCUCACACUCAGUAUCCCUACUAACAGUCAUGGUGGAUGUUGGCUCUCCUGCUAGGGAAAGCUUUGGCUCCGUUCAGCGGAAGUGCUUUUGUCAUUGUUGCCAAAGAGAAGAGUUUUCCUUUCCGAGCCCCACUGUGGAUUCUCUCUGUCUCUCUCUGUCUCUCUGUCUCUCUGUCUCUCUCUGUCUCUCUCUCU